AUGCCGGCCGAUAUUCGAAGCUUCUUUGGUGGUGGCCCGCCAAAGGCUAGCCAGGGCAGUGAGGGCUCGCAGAAGAAAGCUGAAAAACCUGCACCAAAAAAGGCAGCACCCAAAAAGGGCCGUGCAAGUCGAGUCGUAAUGGACGAGUCUGAUGACGACGACGACGAGGUCGAAGAAGUCAAACCGAAGAAAGCGACACCCAAGCAGCCUGCGCCGAAGAAGCAGAAGCGUGAAGCUACACCCGAGCUCGAAGAGACGACCACAUCCGACUUCUUUGCGAAAUCGAAUAAGCCCAAACGGACUGAGCCGGUCAAAAAAGCUGUAGAGAAGACGGCUGAAACAGCAAAGGCCACCCCCAAAAAGGCAGCCGGGCGAGCAUCGAAGCCUGCCACACCUGCAAGCGCUGGCAGAGCAUCUGGGAGAGCGAAGAAGCCGGUCACAUCGUAUGCGGAGCGGGACAACGGCGACGACUUUCCUGACGAAGAUCUCGACGAUGCGGACGACAUCUUUGGAGACGACUACAAAGGCAAAGGGAAGGACGACUAUGUCGAGGGUGGUGAGAGCGACGAGGAUCUACCGGUCAAACUUCCGCAUCGCGGAACACCAAAAGCACCGGCUAAGUCACAGAAGAAGAUCAAGGAGGAAGACGACUUUGAGCCUGAAGAAGACGUUGACAUGAAAGACCUCGACGCGGACGACGACCUGCUCGAGCUGGAGGUGGAAGAGCGCGCUGUCAAGAGCGAACCCAAUAAGACUACAACAGGGCGAAAGCGCAAGUCACCAGAACCGGAUCCAGAAGAAGAGGAGGACGAGGAGGAGGAGAAGCCUAGAAAGAAAGCCACAAAGAAGGCUGCUCCUGCAAAGUCGCCAGUCAAGAAGAAAGCAAAGAAAGAGGAGGAGGUGGAGAGUGCGGACAUUCAAGCAAUUUACGACAGCAUCCCAACCGUACGCGCGCCGACUCCUCCGCCUCAAGACCCAAACAAGAAGUUUGAUUGGCGAGCGAACGCUGGCCGCAGUGAGCCAGCCCCUAUAGGAGGGGGUUCCUCCGAGAUGCCGUCCGGUUCCGAGACGUGUCUCGCUGGCCUCAACUUCGUCUUCACUGGAGUGUUGCAAAAGUGGGGUCGCACCGAAGCACAAGAGCUCGUCAAGCGGCACGGAGGCAAAGUGACAGGUGCUCCGAGCAAAAAGACGAGCUACGUGAUCCUAGGGCAAGAUGCUGGCCCCAGCAAGCUACGGAAGAUCCAGGAGAUGAGCAUCAGAACCAUUGACGAGGAUGGCUUAGCACUGCUCAUCGAGAAGCUUACAGAGGCUGGCAACAAGGGCGACUCGAAAGCACAAGCAGCACACAAAGAGAAACUACGGAAAGAGGAAGAGCAGAUCAAGAAGCAGGCGGCUGAGCUCGAAAAGGAAGAGAAGCAGCGCCUGAAGGACCUGAAGGCAGCGCAAACAGCCAAAGCAGCUGCCGGGAAGGCAACCGCUUCUGGAAUCACUGCUGCCGCUCAAAGCGCUGGUCCAGAGGUGGACUCUCGCCUAUGGACUACAAAGUAUGCGCCGUCGUCACUGAAUCAGAUAUGCGGCAACAAAGCCACAGUCGAGAAGAUCCAGCGAUGGUUGCAGAAGUUCCCCAAGAAUCUCAAAACUGGGUUCAAGCUCGCUGGCGCGGAUGGCAGUGGCGUCUUCCGCGCCGUCAUGCUUCACGGUCCACCAGGUAUCGGCAAGACGACCGCAGCUCACCUCGUGGCCAAGCUCGAAGGCUAUGAUAUCGUCGAACGGAACGCAAGCGACACUCGCAGCAAGAAGCUCAUCGAAGAAGGCCUACGUGGCGUACUCAGCACUAAUUCGUUGCAUGGUUACUUUGCUGGCGACGGUCGGCAGGUUGAAGCGUCUAAGAAGAAACUCGUCCUGAUAAUGGAUGAAGUCGAUGGUAUGUCUGCAGGCGAUCGCGGCGGUGUAGGCGCUCUUGCUGCGGUCUGCAAAAAGACUGAGAUUCCGAUGAUCUUGAUCUGCAACGACCGAAAGCUGCCAAAGAUGAAGCCAUUCGACUAUGUCACAUUCGACCUACCAUUCAGACGACCAACUGUUGAUCAGAUCCGCUCUCGCAUCAUGACAAUUGCAUACCGCGAAGGUCUGAAGAUGCCGCCACCCGUUAUCAACGCGCUGAUUGAGGGCAGCCAUGCCGACAUCCGCCAAGUCGUCAACAUGCUCUCCACUGCUAAGCUGGACGAGGAAGCGAUGGACUUUGAUAAAGGCAAGCAGAUGAGCAAAAGCUGGGAAAAGCACGUCAUCCUCAAGCCAUGGGACAUUACACAAAAGAUUCUUGGUGGUGGCAUGUUCGCUCAGAGCAGCAAAGCCACGCUUAACGAAAAGAUCGAGCUGUACUUCAACGACCACGAGUUCAGUCCGCUCAUGCUUCAGGAAAAUUACCUCGGUACGAAUCCGAUCAGAGCGCUCAACUACUCUGGCAAGGAGAAAACCCUGAAGGCGCUCGAGCUUGCCUCUGAAGCCGCUGAUAGCAUCAGUGAUGGAGAUCUGGUCGAUCGCAUGAUUCACGGCUCACAACAACAGUGGAGUUUGAUGCCGACACACGCAGUCUUCAGUUUUGUCAGGCCUGCAAGCUUCGUGUCUGGCAGCACUGCCGGCAACCAGACUCGCUUUACAUCGUGGCUGGGCAGGAAUAGUAGUCAGAACAAGCUCAUGCGUUUAGUAAAGGAGAUCCAAGCCCACAUGCGGCUGCGGUCGUCUGGUGAUAGGCACGAAGUCCGGCAACAAUACAUCCCGGUGCUUUGGACGGAGAUGAUUCAGAAGUUGCAGAAGGAGGGUAAAGAAUCCGUGGGCGAGAUCAUUGAACUCAUGGACAGCUACUUCUUGACCAAGGACGACUUCGAUGCUAUCAUGGAGCUGGGUAUUGGCCCGAUGGAUCAGGAGAAGGUCAAGAUUGAGACGCAGGCCAAGGCCACCUUCACACGACUUUAUAACCAACAAUCACAUCCCCUGCCUUUUAUGAAGGCGUCCUCGGUUGUGGCACCCAAGAAACAAGCCAAGGAGAAGCCUGACCUCGAAGAAGCCAUUGAGGAGUCUGAUGAAGGCGAGGUCGUUGAGGAAGUCAAAGAGGAAGACGAGGACGUGGAUCUGUCCAAGGAUAAGUAUGUCAAGCAGCCGAAGAAGAAGGCUGCACCCAAGAAGAAGGCUGCAGCGACCGGCAAGGGCAAGAAGCGAGUGAAGGAGGAGAGCGACGACGAUGAAGAGGAGGUCAAGCCAAAAGCAAAGGGCAAGGGCAAAGCGGCGGCUACCAAGGCGAAGAAGUGA